AUGUGGUCCGCGACGGAGAUGGCCUACGGGACAGUGGAGUCGGAGAUUUCCGGUGGUUGGAUGGUUGCGGCGGCGACCGGAGACGUCGGAGACGGCGUGUUCAACGACGGGGAUUUAGAGCUCAACUCCUCUGGCAGCGAGCGAGGCAGCACCUGGCGGACUUUUAGCGGCGGACGUCGGUCAAGCGCGUGCCGGCAAAAAUCAGAGCGGCGGCAAAGGCGUGAAGUCCGGCUGAGGUGCGACGGCGGCGGACGGGACUUGAUGAUGGAGAUUGGUGCCAGUGCCAAGUUCAUCAUAUCUUAA